AUCAACAACACAGCCGGUUGGGUCAGAGUGCGAACCGAAGCAACCCAAAUCAUGUAAUCUCGGACUUGGGGUCGGCGGCAUCACCGUGUUAGCUCCGGGAACCAACCGCCAUGCACGGCACCUAUAUUAGUCGUGGCGCACCUCGCACUCGUCAGGCAUUGUACACUACCUAAUUAAGCUUCGCCUCCCCGGCUGUCCCCGUCAGCUAACCUGGUCUUUUCAUCCUUUCUAUCAUUGGGUACUUCGGCUGCCGGCAUUGACCCUGUCAAGCCUUCUGUUUCCUAGAACAGGCAAACGGUGCAAACGCGGGGGUGCCUGCUUGCCUUUAUUGAUUUUUAACCAUCAUCUCUACUUUAAUUGUAUCAAACGCCAUGGCCGCACCAGAGAGCCUACACGGGUCUCCGACCCUGCAACCCCACGACGAAAAAAAGAAUACCAACCAGCAGGACAUGUCAACCGACACCGAAUCUGCCAAGGCGGCCCUCCCCGAACCCGGCCCCGGUGCCCUGCCUCCGGCUCCCGACGGCGGGGCCCGGGCUUGGCUCGUCCUUGCCGGCUCCGCCUCCAUAUUUUUCUCCUGCCUGGGCUUCAUGAACUCGUUCGGCGUCUUCCAGGCCUACUACAUGUCCCACCAGCUGCGCGACCAGACGCCGGACAAUGUCGCCUGGAUCGGCUCGCUGAUGUCCUUCAUCCAGUUCGCCGGCGGCGUCGUCGCGGGCCCGCUCUUCGACCGUUACGGCGCCUGGGUCAUCCGCCCCGGCGCCGUGCUCUACGUCUUCGCGCUCAUGAUGACCAGCAUCUGCAAGGAGUACUGGCAGUUCAUGCUCGCGCAGGGCGUGCUGACGGGGCUCGCCAUGAGCGUCAUGCAGGUGCCGGCUUUCGCGGCGGUGUCGCAGUACUUUGACAAGAAGAGGGCCGCCGCCAUCGGGUUGGUGGUCUCGGGCAGCUCGAUCGGUGGCAUUGUCUUUCCGAUUGCCUUGUCCAAGAUGCUGAACGACUCGACGAUUGGGUUCGGGUGGUCGGUGAGGAUUAUGGCGUUUGCGAUCACGCCGCUGCUGGCGUUUGCGUGUUUCACCAUCACCGCCAGGUUCCCGCCGCGCGAGACGAACUUCUUCAUGCUCUCCGCUUUCAAGGAGGUCAGGUUCUUGCUCGUUAUGGCGGCGGCGUGGUGCUGUUUCAUCGGCAUGUUUGCACCGCUAUUCUUCCUCCCGACUUAUGCCAUCUCGAGAGGCAUCCAACCCACGUUUGCUUCGUACCUGCUCGCCAUCGUCAACGGGGCGUCCACAUUUGGGCGAAUCAUCCCGGGUAUCCUCGCCGACAAAUUCGGGAAGCUCAACGUCUUCGGUCUUGGCGGUAUUCUCACCGGUGUUCUCGUUUUGUGUAUGAACAGCGCCGUCGACACGGCGGGGCUAGUGGUCUAUGCCAUCGCAUUCGGCUUUACAUCCGGCACCAUCAUUUCUGGUUCGUCCGCGGCCCUCUCCAUCUGCACAGAUGAUCCUCGCAACCUCGGUACUUACAUGGGGAUGGGAAUCGCGGUUGGCGCCACCGCCACCUUGGUUGGCCCGCCGGUGAAUGGGGUAUUGCUGGAAAGGUACGGUGGAUUUAUGCAGGCGAGCAUUUUCAGCGGUGUCAUCUGUCUGGCCGGUGGUUUCAUUGCGAUCGCCACCAAAGCUACCACACCGAAAGGGCUUCUCGGGAGGUCUUGAUCUGACUCACAAUGUUGGAUAUUUGCGUAAUGACAGGAGUUUUGAAAAGUCGGAGUCAACGUUUAGACAUGGCGAUGGUAUAGAUUGUAAUUAGGUAAUGGGGAAUACGAUUAACUCAACUCGCCUCCAACUUGAAUUGACUGC